AAAUGUCCGGUCAAUAUCCUGGUGGCUAUAACAACCCGAUGGGGGGUCAUCGCGGCCAAUUUAAUCCUCAACAACAACAGCAGCAACAACAAAUGAUGAAUCAAAUGCAAAUGUAUGGACAGGCUGGUGCCGGCAUGAUGCCACAACAGGGUAAUCCAAUGCAAGGAAUGUCCGGCGGUGGUGGCGGAAUGAAUCCCGUUGGAAUGCAAUCGCCAUCACAUGUCCAACAGCAGCUAAUGCAACAACAACAACAAAUGCAGCAACAACAGCAAAUGGGCGGUGUAGGUGGACCCCAAAUGGGCAUGGGAAUGGGUCAUGUUGGUAUGGGUAGUGGUGGAGUACCACAAGCUUCACUAGGUGGUGGUAUGAUGCAACAACAACCCCAGCUGUCUCCAGCAAUGCAACAACCUAAUGUUGGUAUGCAACAGCAACAACAGGCUUCACAUAUGCAAAAUGUUCCCAAUGUUGCUGCCAUGGCCAUGAUGGCUCAGCAACAACAACAACAGCAGCAACAACAACCUCAAGCAUCAAAUAACAUGCUGUCAAUUUCCCAACAGCCACACAAGGAAAUUAAUAUUGUAACGCUAUCACGUGUGGGACAAGAAACCGUACAAGAUAUUACUUCAAGAUUCCAGGAAAUUUUCACCGCUCUCAAGGUCAUACAACCAACAACCAGCCGGGACAAUGGCACUGUUAAAAAAGUUCAAGAACACUUUCGCACCAUACGCCUGCUGUUCAAGCGUAUGCGUCUAAUCUAUGAACGAUGCAGUGAUGGUUAUCCACAAGGCAUGGAAUAUGCACAUGUUGAAAGUUUAAUACCCUAUAAAGACGAAACGGAACAUCGCAAUCUGGAGGCUACACAAUGUGAAGAAUAUCGCAAAGCCUUACAAGAAAAUCAGGAGCUAAUCGACACUGUGAAAUUAAAAAAUCGUCAACUGAGAGAAAUUAUUGAUCGUACAAGGAUUAUAGUAUGGGAAAUUAAUACCAUGCUCUCAAUGAGAAGAUCUUAAAUAACGU